CCCCCGGAGCUGCGUGCGGAUCGGGGCCGGGCGAUGCUGCGGGGCGUGGAGGCGCCGAUGGCCGAGCACCCGCCGCCGCCGCCGCCACCUCCCCCCGUCAUCUUCUGCCACGACUCCCCGAAGCGGGUGCUGGUGUCGGUCAUCAGGACGACCCCCAUCAAGCCCGCGUGCGGUGGAGCAGGAGGAGGAGCAGCGGGAGAGCCGGAGCCGCCGCCGCCGCUCAUCCCCACCAGCCCCGGCUUCAGCGACUUCAUGGUGUAUCCUUGGCGCUGGGGCGAGAAUGCGCAUAACGUGACGCUCAGCCCCGGGGCCGCGGGCGGUGCCGCCUCGGCCGCCCUGCCCGCCCUGCCGGCCCUGCCCGCCGCCGAGCACCCGGUUCUGCGGGGCCGCGCCGCACCCCCGCCCGCCGCCUCGGGAGGCGAGGACGAGGAGGAGGCCAGCAGCCCGGACAGCGGCCACCUCAAGGAUGGGAUCCGGCGUGGCAGACCCAGAGCAGACACUGUGCGGGACCUGAUCAACGAAGGAGAGCUUUCCUCCAGCAGAAUACGGUGCAACAUCUGCAACAGGGUGUUUCCACGGGAGAAGUCACUGCAGGCCCACAAAAGGACCCACACAGGUGAGAGGCCCUAUCUGUGUGACUUCCCAGACUGUGGAAAAGCCUUUGUUCAAAGUGGGCAGCUCAAGACACACCAGCGUCUUCACACUGGAGAGAAGCCUUUCGUCUGUUCAGAAAACGGUUGCCUGAGCAGAUUCACCCAUGCGAACCGCCACUGUCCGAAGCACCCCUACGCCAGGCUGAAGCGGGAGGAGCUCACAGACACGCUCAGCAAGCACCAGGCUGUGGACAACAAGGCUGCCGCCGAGUGGCUGGCCAAGUAUUGGGAAAUGAGAGAGCAGCGCACCCCCACCUUGAAAGGCAAGCUGGCUCAGAAGGCUGACCAGGAGCAGCAGGACCCUCUGGAGUACCUCCAGUCGGACGAGGAGGAUGAUGGGAAGAGUGGCGCCCAGCGCCGCCUGCAGGAGCAGCGGGAGCGCCUGCACGGAGCCCUGGCGCUGAUCGAGCUGGCCAACCUGACGGGGGCACCGCUCCGACAGUAGCUGGACACUGGCGCUUCCACUGUACGAAAGUACUGCCCAGCGUACUUCAAAAGUAGAUCCUUGGGCAUAAGCUAAGCACCUUAUUUGCUUAUCAUAGGCUGCUAUUCUGUAGAAAUUUAUGAAGAAUGUCAUUGCCCCUGAAUAUGGGGUGAGAGAGAAUUGCACUUUUUUUUUAUAUGGAAAUGGAUUUGUUGUAAAGUUUAAAAUAUUUUGUAAAUAUGGACUGCACAGUACAGGGUAGAAACUACGUAUUGUGGGAAGCUAGGUUUUGCAAGUUUAAUGCAUUCAUUGGAAGCAGUUCUCACAGGAAGCACUUUCUGAAUAAGACGUGUGUGAAAAAAAACAGAAUGGUACAAAUAGCCAAAGAAGGUGGAAAUGGGUUAUUUAUAAGAUCAUUUUUAACAAUGUAUAUUAGGAUGUCUAACAAUGAUACUGUAAACACUGAAGCAAGCAAGAAAGUAUGAUAUGUGUGUAAAAUAGAUAUUUUUUUAAAUUGCAAAAUAGUGUGCCCAAUAAGGCCAGAGAAAUGGGGACAUGAGUUCUGGAAGAUGUUGUUACUUACGGACAUGGAAUAAAAUAGGUACUUGAGGACCUUGGUAAGAUGCAUGGUAGUUCAGAAUCUUCAGAAUUGGAGUCAAAUCAGUCUUAUUCUAUCUUUCUGGGGCUUUAUAAAAACGCAUCAGAAUGUUUAAGUUUGAAAAGCACUUGUCAUCCCUAGCAUGUUAACUUGGGAACGUUUGCACAUUUCAUAUUUCUCAUUUGCUGAAAUUGAGUGAUUAAUCUUGCAAAGUCUAGGUAACAUGGUAAUUGGUCAUUUUUACGUGUGUAUUAUGGGCCCUGUAAGGAGAUUUGGCACUUGGAUUUUAGUAAUAAAAGGGACAUCUACAGGGUUGUUUCGUAGUGACAUGUUUUUAGCAAACACUAAAUUUUAAUUGUACUGCUUGUUUAGAAUUACUAGCAAAUGGAAGCCUCCAUAUUUAUAUUUUCAGUGCAUAAAGUCACCUUCUAGCUUUACUUCAGAAUAACUUGCCAAGCUAUUUUGUGUUCACUAAAUUUAGCUAUCAGUUAAACACUGCAGAAAAGAAAAAUCGCUACUCAGAUAUGUAGGCUUCUGGAAUAGUUUUAACUGCAAGUGUGUGAACUUUUGUGGUGAUUUUAAACCAUUUUUCCAAGCAUCACUUUAUGUGCUGAAGCACGAACAGGAAGGAGAGAGCCGAGCAGUCACCUCCUUCACGCAAAAGCUCUCUCAUUGAGCUCUCGUUCUGAGCACCGAGUGACACGCGUGGCACGGCAUCUGGAGACGCGUCAUUGGAGUGAUGGAGGGAACACUGGGCUCUUCAGCUCCUUGUUUGCUUUUUUGAGGUGAAGUGGCAUUAUUGGUAGAUGGAGUUGAAACAUCUAGAACGUAGGCUUCUUUUUUUUUCCCAAAAAUAUCCCUUGUGUUGCAGUACACACAGGCAUUUAAAAAUGCAUGGCCUUGGGGAAGGAGGUGUGUCAGUGUGGUGAAGAGGAACUGAAGUGUGAAAGAUGUGAUAACAAAUAAUGUGUAUGAUGAGGACAUACUUUAAAAUGUAAUUCCUCUGUACAGUAAAUUACAAACCUUUAGGGAUUUUUUUUUUUGUAAUAAGAGAAUUUAUAUUUGUAAUGGUCUAAGAAUUUCGUUUGUAACCUGGUAUAUAGAAUUUUAACUUGGAGCACUUACAGGGAUGGUAAGACAGGCGAUAGUAUCUGAAUUUUGUUGGUUUAGGUUUCAACAUUUCCUCUAGAAUUUAUUCUCAGAUAUGAUUUAGACGAACCGAAAAGCAACACUCUUCAGUCUUGGGAAGUUUAAAAUUUGAUCAUCUAAAGAAGGAAAGGCCGUAAGAGUUUUAAAAAUAGGAAUACUUGCCAGUUCACAGAUGAUAAAAUUUAAGGCCAUUAAAAGUAAGGGGUUGGUUGCUUUCUCCAGUCAGCUUCUGUCAACUAUAAUAGUUUUAUUCACAAACUUUUUUUUUUUAAUUGCAUAAUUGGGGCAGUUUAAGAAAUUAGUAAAACUGUUUAGAAACAUUUAAAAUGUUCUUUCUGAUAUAAGCUAUUUACUUGGACAAAAAACAUUGGCAUCUAAAAUUUGAGGUGUGUUAAGACUGCUUUUUGUUUUAAAAAUGUGGUUUACAUUCAGAUUUUUGAAGUGUUUUAUGCUUCACAUGGCUAAGCUGUAGUUUGCCGAGUUACCAGCAUACAAAUAAACAUGCUGUAAUUUUAAAAAGAUGCUUUGAAUAAAAAUUUAUUUUAAUUUA